GGUAGCGUAUUUUACGACCAAGUGAUUCAUAUGCGGUGAAUCUGUUGUAUGGAUUGCUAUUUGCAAUUUUGCCGAUCGAAUUCCCAGCCCUAGGCAAACCUGAAAGCCCUCACAUUCACAGCGGAUUCCCCCCACCCGGAACCCCAAACCCAAGUCCCAACCCCAACCCGGCGCCGCCGUCACCCCCAGGCCCGAUGAAGCACACCCGGCGCCGCAAAGCGAAGGCAACGAAGAAGAAGGCGCAGAUCCCAGACACGCCCCGUCAAAAGGAAACUCCUGGUGCAGGCCGUAGAGCAUGCUGGUCGGAUUCUGAUGAACCCCAGUCUAAAUUUAUCAUGUAUGAUGAUGAUUCUGGAAAGGUGAUAGACUUCAAGAAAGACGGACCGAAAUACUUUGAAUCGGUGCUUGGAGACCACAGAUCCGUUGUCUCCCUUGUUGCUUCCGCUGAUGGAGGGUGUGUGGUUUGCUCAGGGACAGUGGUUGAUCAUGAGGACAAGCAAAUUUGGAUACUUACCUCUGCUACUCUGGUUAGAAAACCUGACACUCAGUUCGAGGCUUAUAAAAAAGAAGAAAUUAAGAUUUGUUGGUUGCAGAUUGAAGUGGUUCUGCACAAUGGGGAUACUGUUGAAGGGUCCCUAGAAAUGUGCAAUUUGCAUUAUAACAUUGCAAUUGUGGCUAUUGAGUAUCGAGAUUCUCUGGGAUGUCUUCCUGCGGUGCAACUCUGGGACCUCCCAUUAUAUUAUUCCUUGCAGCCUAGGCCUGUAAUUGCUCUAGGUAGGAACGUCAACUCAAAAGCUAUGGUGAGUUGGGGACAGCUGGUUCGUGAGAAUAGUGAGUUGGACUGCAAAGAGCUCAUGGUCUGUUUGUGUGGCAUCAGCGAGGAUUUCAUUGGUGGGCCUAUCAUGGAUUCUGAAAACAGAUUCCUUGGCAUAGUUUAUUCCUUUGAAGAAACUGCUCCGUUUUUGCCAGCUGACAUUGCGGCGAGAUGCAUACAAUACCACAAGAAGGAAAGAGCACUACCAUGGCUUCGCAUAAGGGUACAAGCUCUUCACACGCUGGACCUAGAUGUUCUGGAGACCAUAUGCUCCAAAUUUGCUAGGCCGCCUUCUGGACUUGUGGUUGACAAGAUUUGUGACACAUCAACAGAAAAUUAUGGAGGGAUUGAGGUUGGCGAUAUAAUCUCGAAACUUGAUGGAGUUGCCCUUUACUCUGUAGCACAGUUUACUGCGAUGUUUCUAGAUAAAUUCGAGGUUGCACUGGAUACAUCGGAUGCAGUGACACUCCAGGCGGUUGUAGAUAGACCAACAGAUAAGACUACAUUUGUUGCAAAGCUGAAUGUACAACAGGUUGCCUCUAAUGAAAGAAACAAGUCAUUCGAAAACAGAUGGAUGGAGUGGAAGUUUUAUGGUUUCGACAAGCAGUUCUACUGAUGAAAGCCUGAAGGUAAUGAGUGGUGGAGUCUGGAUGCCCAUUUGGAACUCAACCAUGUGAUGUGUAGGUCUACACUUACCUACUGUCUGCAAGUGCGGGAGAGGUGAUCGCAGUGUGCCACAAGAGACAAGACAGCAAACAACUACAUAAGAGUUGUAUCUGGCUACUGUGUGCUGUUUUUGGAACACAAAUCACCAGUGCUCUCUAUAUUUCUUAUCCAACGUGCUGUUAAAGCAUCUCUGUAGCAUGGCGAACCACGUUCAUCUGGAAGAUGAACUGUAAAACCAUGGUAGCUUCCUAUUUGUGGAUGCAACCGAUGUUUAUUAUAACCAAAAACGCUAAUUCCUCCCCUUUUACAUA